AUGGCUGCAACCGUCGAGAGCUUGCGCCAGCUCAUGUGGGGCGCGUCGGCCGUCUACGAGAGCGAGGAAGAGCUCCGCUGGCAGAGCGAAGACUUCCGCUUCUGCCCGCUGGAUGGGCCUGGCCCGACGUGGGGCCUCCAGCAAACCCAUGGUGGUCCUUGCGGCGUCUUCGCCCCGGUCCAGGCUCGAAUGCUCGUGCAUCUCUUGGGCUCACUGGACACGCCGUUGACGGGCGACGCCCGCGAGCGCUUGCUGGCGCUGGUCUUGGCCGCGAUGCUGCUCUCGACGACCGAGUCCGAGACCGACCCGAUUUGGCUUAUCGACGCUGCGCACGUGUCGGCGACCGCGUCGGGGCCCGUGCGCCCGAUUGCUGUCGCGCGCGCCGACCUCGAGGUGUCCGUGCGCGACUUCUUCGUCGCUGGGAAGGGCGUCUUGAGCUUUGUGUACAGCAUGGUGCUCACACGUGGCGUCGACCGUCUCCGUGGCGACAUGGACGACAUGGAGAGCAGUCUGACGAUGGGCGAGUUUGGCCACGGAACGCAGGAGCUGCUCAACCUCAUGCUCACGGGCAAGGGCACGUCCAACGUGUUUGACGACAGCGUGCCCAUGGGCGAUACGGGUCUCGUGCUGCGGGGUGUCUAUCAUCGCCCGACCGUCGGGUACCUCACGCAGCUCGAGGCGCUGCGCUACUGCGCCGUGGGCAGCUACUUCAAGACGCCGUCGUCGCCCAUUUGGGUGCUCGGGAGCGCGAGCCACUUUACAGUGCUAUUUUCACCCAACCUCUCGCUCGUGACAGAGUCGGACUCGGACGCGCUCUUGUCCAAAGUCACGCGCGCCUUCAAGCAGCACGAUACGAUGGAGAGCGGGUUCAUCGCCCUCGACGCGCUCCUGCCCUGCCUCCGGUCGCUCGGCGUCGACGAAGGGAUUCUCGGCAACCAGUACCAAAUGGGCCGCCUCUACGCCAAGCUCGAGGUGCCAGGCGCCGGCAUUGUGCUCUGGGACGACUUUUGGCGCGUCAUUUCGCUCUUGCUCGAGACCAACGACCUCCAAACCGCCAUCACGGGCAAGGUCGCGACGCGCCAGCGCUCCGACUCGGACCUCGCGCGGGAGCUCCAGGCCCAGUUUGACAGCGGUGCCUCCGCGCCAGUCGAGAGUGCACCGCCGGCCGAGCGCCUCCCGAUGGCCCCCGACGUCGAGGACAAGGUGGUCUUCUACCACUACAACGGUCUCGUCGACAGUCGGACGUCGACGCCGCGCCUCGUGCGCUUCGACGCCAUCGUGCCAAGCCGCAACGUUGUGGGCUACACCGUGCCGCUGACCGACUCGGGCGCGGCAUCGGGCGGCUCGAGCUGCCCGAUCGAAGACGUGCUCACGACCAAGUGGCCAGGUAUCCAAGUGCACUGGGGCGGGCAGGUCCCGCCACGCCUCGAUUAG